AUGCUGUCAGUAGCAGAGACUCAAGCAGAUCUACAGCACCUGCCUGACAGUCCGGUCUCAAGGAACUUUAUUACAUGUAGAACUUGCUGCACAGCUUGCUCAAAUGAGCGCCGGGGAACUCGCUUAGUCCAAGGCUCUUCAUUGACGCUGUCUGAUCAUUUCCUCUGUGCUGGAACUCUAGUAUUUCGACUCAUAUCAGGUGCACCACCAUGCAUGCAUCAGCAUGCUGACGACGGCUUCCAUGCUGUUCAGAACACGCAUUUCCUUGCCCCAUAUGUAGAUCCACAGGACCACAAGCUGCUUGUCGCUCUCUCCUUCCUGCUGCAACACAGGUUUGCAAUGAUCACGUACUUACCAACGCCCUCAAACAAGGGGAUCAUCCUGAGGAUCUACUUAAUUCCAUAUGACUUACCAGGGACCAAGGGCGCUCUUCGUGUGCGAGAUGAAGAUAAAGUCAUGAAGCCCGCGCGAACAUGUCUCAGAAUCGUCCUUUCUCGGGUCAGCAAACGGCGGUCACUAUGGUCUGGUGAAUCCGAAUACUACGACCUCCCUUCGGAAGAGGAAUGUUUUCUUCUGCCAAUUAUACUCCAAAUUUAUACCGUUGUUCGGAAGAACUACCGUUCCCUUCAGCAAAUCUUUAACGACCUAACGACAACGCCUGUAGACAACGGCAUUCCAGACUUGCCUAAAUUGCGGACAUCCUUGUACGAAUAUCAAAAAGAAAGUGUCGCCAAGAUGCUGGAGAUGGAAGCCCAGAAUAGGAUAGCUGAUGAUCCGCUGUACAUCCCGAUUACUGGAACAAACGACAGUGUAUUCUAUUUUCAGCCUACGACAAUGGAGUUACUUCUUCAAUGCCCUCGUUCUUUCCAGGCACGAGGAGGUAUUUUGUGUGAAGAAUUAGGGACGGGAAAGACGGUCAUGAUACUUGCACUUAUCCUUGCAACAUUGAACGUGCUUUCGGAGCCACCGGAGCAUAGCGACAUGAUGACAAUGACUCCGCUUGCUCUUAGACAUUUUCCAGGCCGGUCCUAUGACGAGCUUCGGAAGCUAGCUAUGGAGACGCGAAAGCAACAAAGACCAGAUCAGAAUGACAGGCAGAAGUCAACACCGAGUCUUGUUGAAAUUGUCGGCCAUUAUGCCAGGGCCAACCUCUCACCAGUUCAUUUUCAUGCUAUUGAAGACACACCGCUGUGGAGUCACAUCAGGAAAAAUACACCAUUUUUCCUUGAAGUUGAUCGCGAUAAUUCCAGGAAGUCGUCUGCGAGGCAAAAGAAAACCAGGCCACCCAGACUUUUCUAUUUGACCAACGCUACACUGAUUGUCGUCCCCGUCGCACUGCAGAUGCAAUGGUACUCUGAAAUUCUCAAGCACUGCUCGAGCUCUGUACGCACGCUUGUUGCGAAGUCUAGGAAAGACAUUCCACCUCCACUGACGCUGGCGUCGGAUUAUGAUAUUGUUCUAACUACUUACAAUCGUUGCUUUGAAGCUGCUGUCAUCAAAGACCCGUCCGUAUUGCACUCUGGGUAUACUUGCAAUUGCCCAGAGUUCUCGUCUGUCCGCGUACCGGAUUGUACUUGUCCGGUGCCGGAGAACGUAUCAUCACUGCUGCAAGUACGCUGGAAACGGAUAGUGCGCGAUGAAGGACAUAACGCAGCUUCAAGAAGUACAGAGUUGAAUUGGUUCCUUCGGAUGCUAAGUGCGGAGAGAAAGUGGAUCGUUACAGGGACGCCUACGACGAAUUUGCUAGGCCUGAACUUCGGCUCGAACGGUGAUGAUGAGAGUGGAAACGAAAGUUCCGAUCGAGAAGAAACCCCCUCAGCACUACCGCUUAUCUACAGCUUAAACGAUGCUAUGCCUGAAGAGGGAGUGUCGGGAGGAGCGGAAGACGAAUUACUAGACGGCAUGGAAGAGUCCCAGGAUCCGGUACGUGUCUGGAGCAAAACAGAUCGAGUCGACCUUCGCAAGCUGGGUUCAGUGUUGUCUGAUUUCCUUGGUGUACUUCCAUUCGCUGUACAAGCAGAGUCGUUUUCAAACCUAGUCGUUAAUGGAUUAAUGGGCACGGACGGGCCUCUUCCCGGGACCCCGCGCGUGCUUGAGCAAGUGAUGGCGGCGAAUAUGGUGAGGCAUCGUGUCUCGGACAUUGAGCGAUUCGUCAGGCUUCCGCCACUCAAGGAGGAGGUCGUUAUGUUGGAUUUGGAGGAAUAUGGGCAAAUGACUUAUAAUGUUUUACUUUCGUUUGUCGCGGUCAACGCCGUAGAUUCUGAAAGAAGAGAUAUGGACUACCUGUUCCAUUCUUCCAAAACCUCAGUCCUGGCAUCUACCAUAGAGAACUUGUCACACUCUCUAUUCUGGCGAUUUGACGAGAACGCGUUGGACUACGACCUGUCCGAAAACAUCCAUCGUGCCGAAAAUGCUAUAAUUCAUGCGCGCGAACGAGGACAAUCAGAAGAAGACAUUCAUCUGGUCGAAAGAGCUAUAGCACAUCUGUCAGUAAUGUGGAACAAUUUUUACUCAUAUAUGCAGCAUGGUCUUGAAGUGCCCUAUCGCAUUUAUAAUGCGUCACUACGCAUAAAACAGACUUGGGGCCUCGUGCAUGACCCACCCUAUGCACUUGACGAAUCUGUUCCAUUCCUCGCCUUCCCAUCAUAUGCACUGGAAUUACGAGACUCAGUUUUGCGACAGCCGCUCAUAAAUGAGGACUCUCUUGUUACACGAGCGGAGCUCGUCCGUGCGAGAAACAGAGCAUUGGCUGCUUUCGUUGAGGCACGCAAGUCGAGGGCGGAUAAGCGAUCGGAUGCUAAAAGUUCUUCGGAGAAGCGACGGAGACGUGAAGAGGCCGAAGUUGAUCGCGCAAUACUGGUUAAAGCUCGGCAGACUUCGACUGUGGACUCAAAGGAAAAGUUGGAAGAAUUGCACGAAGAAUUUAGGAAGGCUCAGGAGAGGCUGAAGGCCGAGGCUAUGGAUGAGGAGGACUUUGAAGAAGAUGGACCUUCUUCACUACUUGACUCAUCUCCUUCGCGAAAGUCUGAGACGAAUGGACUCUUAACGGGCUGCGAGAAGCUAUUGCGUGGAUCGCCGUUUGUGCAACUAAGAGUCGGGAACUCUACAUCCUCGAAGCUGAAUUAUAUUUUUGAAGAGGUCCGCAAAUAUUCUGCGACCGAGAAGUUCCUCAUCUUCUCAAGCCAACCAUUCAACCUUGUGCAUAUAUCUGAAGGUUUGGACUUGAUGGGCAUUAAAUACCUUCAUUUCAUGCAGGAAGCGUCCAAAUCCAAAGGGAGAGGAUCACAACGCGACCAAUUGCUUACGACGUUUGAGACGUCUGAGAGGUACAGAGUAUUUCUCAUGGAACUUAAGUAUGGUGCACGAGGCUUGAACAUCGUCUCUGCAUCUCGUGUUAUUUUCUGUGAGCCUGUUUGGCACGCUGAUGUAGAAAGCCAAGCUAUUAAGCGAGUCCAUCGGAUUGGACAAACACGUCCGGUCACUGUGAAAACGUUGGCCAUUCGGUCAACAUUUGAGGAGUACAUGGCCAACCGUCGACGGAACUUGAAGGGUGCUGGGAGCAAGGGUCCAGGCAUGGCUGAGGAGAAUGGUGUUUGCAGUUACCUGAAGAAUCCCAUAUUUCUCGAGAUGCCGUCGCAAAACACAGCGAACCUCGAUUUUCCGCUUGUGCAAGUUCCGGACCGUGAUGCGUCGGGUCAGGCGGACGAGACGAAAGCGGUUGAAACGACGGGCGAGGAGCAGGCGGCGCUUGGUCAAAUGGGGAAUGGUUCGGUUGUUUUUGGAGGAGGAAUGGACGUCGAUCAGGAUGAAGAGGUUGUGGUGCGUUCACCAAAAUGCAGAAAAGUACACUUUGGGUAG